UCCCGACUGUCUCAUUUCAACUAGUAGAAAGAGAUGCACACUUUUAACUCCGCCCUGUACACCUAUAAUUUGUGUCUAAAAUGUAAAUAGCUUAAAUGGUUCACACACCUUCUUUUAAAAAUAUUUUCUUUAUAGACGUGGUAAUGGUUUGGCUUAUUUUUCACUACUGUUGUCUAAUAACUGAUGCUCAUCAAGAGAAACACUUCCUGCACUACAAGUUUACAGCCCUGACUAAAGCAGACACAUUCCCAGAGUUCAGUGCUGUGGUUGUUGCUGAUGACAGACAGAUCAAACACUACAAUAAUGAAGAAAGAGUCUGGAUUCUGACUGAAAAUGAUGACUGGACUGAACCUUCAGAUCCACCUGAUGAUAGAGACCGGUUCAUUCAUCAGAUCAGGACUCUGACAAACUGCACAAACUCACAGUGUUCUGAGCUUCAUGUUCUUCAGAGAAUAAUUGGCUGUGAAGUGAGGAAAAUUCCUGAUGGAAAAAUGAUUGAAACUGUCUUUGAUGAAUAUGGAUUUGAUGGAGAAGAUUUUAUAUCCCUUAAUUAUGACACUAUGCAGUGGAUUGAUAAAAGCCCCAAUGCCAAAAUAACCAAAAUGCAAUGGGAUCGUCACACAGAACGAAACCAAGCCCUUAAACAAUUCUUCAAUAACUGUGUGGACUGGAUCUCCACAUUUAUGAACACAAAAAAGAAGAAACACUUCCUGCACUACAAGUUUACAGCCCUGACUAAAGCAGACACAUUCCCAGAGUUCAGUGCUGAGGUUGUUGCUGAUGACAGACGGAUCAAACACUUCAGUGAUGAAGAAAGAGUCUGGAUUCUGACUGAAGAUGACCAGACUGAACCUCCAGAUCCACCUGAUCCUAGAAAAUGGAUCCUCCAUCAGAUCAGGACUCUGACAAACUGCACAAACUCACAGUGUUCUGAGCUUCAUGUUCUUCAGAGAAUAAUUGGCUGUGAACUGGAGAAACUUCCUGAUGGAACAGUGAAUCUGACUGUCUUUGAUGAAUAUGGAUUUGAUGGAGAGGAUUUUAUAUCCUUUAAUUCUGACACUAUGAAGUGGAUUGAUAAAAACCCCAAAGCCAAAGAAACUAAAGAGAAAUGGGAUCAUCAAACAGGACGAAACCAGUUCAUCAAGUAUUUCUUCAAGAACUGCAUUGACUGGAUCUCAAAGUUUAACACUAAACAGAGUUCUCCAGAUGUUCACAUCUUUGCAAGGAAAGCUCCUGAUGAUGACAGUAAUCUGGUUCUGACGUGUCUGGCCACUGGUUUCUACCCCAGAGAUGUUCAGAUGAACAUUAGAUUGAAUAGAAUUAAUCUUGAGGAUCAAACAUCUUCUGGAAUCAGACCAAAUGAUGAUGAAACCUUUCAGAUGAGAAUCAGUGUGAAGAUCAACAGAAACCAUGAAGGAUCUUAUGACUGUCUGCUCAUUCACAGCAGUCUGACUGAACCAGUUUCAGUAGAAUGGGAUGGAAAAUGUUUUAAACCAGAACCUCGAUGGUCUGUUAUAGGAGGAGUAGCAGUUCUAGUUCUAGCUCUAGUUCUAAUUCUAGUUGCAGCUCUGAUUACUUGCUGUGUCUACAAAUGGAGAAACUCAGAUGGUCUGGUGAGAAAUCAUCCCUCUUAUGGCGCAGUGAGUGAUCAGAUACAGAUGACCAGUGCAGCGUCUGCUGAUGUGAUUCAAUCAUGAGCUCAAUGCUGAUGGAUCUACAGACUGGACUGGGACGUGCACAAGUUUAUGGGCAUUGAAUGAAAUGUUUUUCAUGUCCAUUCAUUCUGUUUGUUUUCUGUUCUUGUUUUUUUUUUUUUUUUUCCGUCAGCAUUUUCUAACCUGAGUCAGUUCUGAUUUAUUAACAAUAUGUAUGACAGUUACUUGUUUAUUAUGUUCUUUAUGCUCCAUUGAAAUAUGACACUGAGGGUCUUGAUCACAUAAUAUGUGUUACAUAAAAAACAGUUCUCUAAUCGGUUCAGUCAAAUACACAGUAGUGAAUUGUAAAAUGGUGUUUUACAGCAGUGAAACAUUUAAAAGUUCAAAAUGCUAAACUAUUCUGUGGUUUGAUCAAAAGUGCCACAGCAAACACAUUUGAAACACUUGUUAGAACCAGAUGGACACAGAUCAGUGUCACAGUGUUACACUCUUCAGGAAGUCAAUUAUAUAACAGUGUGCUAAACUAAAAUUGUAUUUUUGGCCAUUAAAUUCAGCUGUUUCCAGGUAGAAUUUCAUCACACAUCCUACCAAGAAAACCAAUGUAAAAUGAUGAAAUGGGACUUUUAAUAUUAUGGCAAAGAUAGACAAAAAGUUUUUUUUUUUUCUCAAUUAGUUAAUUGACUUGGCUGAUAUAUCACUAGUCCAAACAUUGUUGAGCUAUUUGCUGUAUCUGUAUCAUCUGCUGCUAAAAUACUGACAGGAACUGUAAGGGUUGAGAUUAUUAUGGGGUGCAGAAUUAGAAUAUUUUCAGCAUUGAGAUUAUAGAACAUACUUUAGAUUUAAGAUUUUUAUAUGUAUAGUUUCAUAGCUUUAUGAAACAAGCAAAUACAUGUUAGAGAUGUUAGGAGCAUUCCUCACCCCAUAGAGCCUCUCUUCUAAUACAUGAAGUGUUAUUAUUGCAAUUGGGUUUCAACUUGCAGGGGUCAUUAUUUUUAUGUAUUAAAUUGAAUGACCCUCUGCUGAAUUCAAGGUCGUUUAUUUUCAAAUGUUUUUAAAUCCUGCCAGGACUAGUAUUCCUAGUAUAGUAUUCUGUGUAAUGUUUACUUUAUUAUGCUGCUGCAUCAUGAUUAUAUUAACCUGUGUCCUUAGUGUUCCUGUAAUUUGGCAAGUUGAAGGAUCUGAAAGCAUUUAUAAAAGACAAAAAAACAAACAAAUAAAAAACUUCUUUUAAAUGCAAAGCAUCUAUAAUCGUUGUGUAUAUUUGUUUAAAAACUUUGUCAUAAAACUGCUGAG